UUUUAAGUCUAAUUUUUUUCCCCCAGGGCUGUGAUGAAAGAACUGACACCAAUGAGUUGUGUUUUGCAAUACUUUCUAUUAACUUAAUAACCCUCCAUGUGUGAUGUCAUGUGAUGAAGUGGUCAGAUUUGAGCACAGCGUCAACCUUAGUGUCAGGUGCUGUCAGCUCCCCUAGUCUCCUGCGAUCAGCUGCUCGGAACAAAAUGGCCUCAGGACAGGGGGACAUUCCAGCACUUGAGUCUGGCAUGCCGUCCUGCCUUGUGGGCGCCCUAUCAUCUCCCAUUGGAAUAACACGACGCAAUAUCAGCUAUGAUGAGAGCAUAGAUGCCCCCAUGCAUUCCCCACCUUCCGACUUGACUGUCAACAUCCUGUGGAAAGACCCCGUCAUCCCACAGCACAGGUUCAGGAAAACUGAGGAAGGUGAGAGCGGUGGGAAGUUACUGAAUGUUGAGGGGGCAGCGUCAGCCAAGUCCCCCGUGCCUGUGGUGAAAGCCAAAGCCACCACUUUAAUGAGCACGCUUAUGAUCAAGGAAACCCAUGAGAGCCUCCAGAAGUUUGAGCACCACACUGGACUGACAGAGGCUGGGUAUUAUCCCCACAAGGGCCUUUCUGCUGAGGAGACCCGCUUUCACAGACGAGGCGACGGCACAUUGCCGAAGUUGAGAAUGCCAAGUGAAAAUUUUAAGGAGGACAGGCUUACAACAUCAGCAGCAUCCACCCCAAGUGGCACCCCUUCAGUCACCCCUGCUGUCACCCCCAGUGUCACCCCCUGCGUUAGUCCCUACACAUCACCAGCUGUUCAUCGAAGGAACUGGUUCCAGCUGAGUCCUGCACCUUUCCUUGCUACGCCAGACCCCCCCAGUCCUAGCUCAAGCACAGACAUGGGUGGAAAUGAGGGAGGAGGAGAUAGGUGGAGUUUCUUCGGAAUCCGAUCUGUGGUACAGAAAUCCCCCACUGAUCCUGGCUCUGAAACCAGCACAGGCUUGUCACUGCAGUCCUAUUUUGGCCUGCAGAAAUCAUCAACCAUGGAUGGUGCCAACACCCAGGUCAGCCUCAAGGUGGAUGACCCUGCAAAAUUCAUGCCACCCAAGAUUGAAAUCUCAGACCUUGAAGCUAAGCGGCCAACUUCACGACCACAUAAACUGAAACCUCGGGACAUGAAUGUUUUGACACCAUCAGGCUUCUGAAGGCAGACCAGCUGCGUAGCCACUUCUGAUUCCACAUUCUCAGUAUUGUUUUUCAUCCUCGGAUUCCACAUUUGCCUCACUUUCUUCCUCUGUUCACCUCCUUGCAAGUUCACUGAACCUGAGGCGAAUGAGGACCCAUAGUACCUACAGUAUUAGCUCACUAGCACCAGACUGCACUGCUACUCCUCCCAGCUGACUCAUUGGGAUCAGUUGCUGUCUUCUAUCUAUGCCUCUCCAGUUUUUGUCCUAUUGGUCCAAAUUAACAAGCAAAUGGAUUAACUUAAUUUGUAACUCUAACAAUGCUACUGCUUCCUGUUCCUUUGUCACGUAAUGGGUGUGUUGAAUGCAUUGCAUUACUGUCCUCGUUCCAUUGUCAGUGAUGGCAUGAGAUUGAAGUUGAAAUAUCUUGCCAGCUGUAUGCAAGUUAUUUACUCUAAGAUUGCCUGCUGUGCUAAAGUGGCAAGGUAUUUCAAUUUGUAUGUCAGAUGCCUACCUCCUUUUUGUUUUGUUUUUUUUUUUUUUUUGUCCUUUUAAAUAAGCUUAUAGAUUUAUAAUUAUGUAGUGCUUUUCUCCGUCAGCAUGCAGAGCAUAUGCAUAUAAUAUGGUACAUGACUGAUAUUGUGCCUAAAUCUGCAGUGUGCUUUUGGCAUCAAAUUUCAGCUUUUGUUUUUUCAUUAUGUGAAAAAGCAUCUGUGAUAGUGUGCCUGCUGA